CCGCCGCGCUCUCCCACGUGCCCCUCCCUCUGCGCGCGUCCGAUUGGCCGACCCGCCCUUCUUAACCCGCGCCUGCCGCCCCCGUCCGGGCCCCCAACGCCGUGCUCUCCGUCGACGUCUCCGCCCCAGAGUGAUCGAGCUCACUGACCACUGACCUGGCCCCCGAGCCUCAGCUCGUGAGUCCGCCGGCACCGGCAGCGCGCCUCGCCAUGGCCAUGGUGCAGCCGGCGGACACGGCCGUCAAGGCCAACGAGAUCCUGGCACGGUUCCGGCCCAUCGCGCCCAAGCCCACACUGGCGACCGCGGCCGCGGCGGCGUCGCCCGUGGCGCAGGCCGCGGCCGAGGGCGUCGUGGCCGCGAACCGCGUGCUGUGCCAUCUGCAGAGCAGGCCGUGCCGCGCGCGGAAACGUGGCCGCCCCACCGUCGUGCCGGUGUCGCCGCCCAAGUCGGGCUCGGGCGCGCAGUCGCCCGCCAAGCGGAAGAGAGCGGCGACGCCGUACCCGCCUCUCCGGUGCGCGGCGGCCACGGCCUGCUCUGCGUCCGCGGUCGUCCCGGUCAGUGCGCGCCUCCCUCUGGCGUCGCUCCCGCCGGCGAGUGCGGGUGCCGAGGACCUCGCCAAGGUGGCGGCGGCGGAGGGGAGGGACGUCCCCGUGGAGCGCGACCUGCUGCGGAAGCUGCUGGAGCCCAAGGUCAUCUCGCCGCGGGCGGUGCGCCCCGUGUGCUCCGCCAUCCACGUCGGGUGCAUCCACCGCACCGACGCGACCUGCACCGCCGCCGCCUCGAAGACGGCGGCACAGGUGGAGGCGGAGCUGGAGGUCGACGCGCUCCCGGCGGUGGUCUCCGACUCCAGCAACCGCGUCCGGCUCGUGAACGACGCGUACAAGGAGAUGGUGGGGCAGCCCGAGUGCCCGUGGCUCUACGCCGUGGCGGCCACGUCGAGGAGGAUCAGUGGGGAAGUGGCGCUGGUGGUAGCCGACCAGUCCUCCCUGCCGGAGACGUACGGGGUGUUCACAUGCACGGCAAAGAUCGAGUGGGAGGACGACGGGAAGGUCACCUCCAUCGCCGUACCCUGCGACGUCAGCCGGCUGCACUGCGAGUCCAGAGACUACCUCUUCACCUGGAGGUUCCGUACCGCCGACGCCGACGCAUCCGUUGGCCACAGCUCCGAGGAGAUUAGUGAGAGUUAGGGAAGCUUGCUUUGCUUGAGCCGCAUCCUGUGCGCCCUGCAAUGAAACAAAGUGCAUAGGCUAAGCUGCUAGCUGCAUGUUAAAACUGAUCAGUUUCCUCUUUCGCCAAGUCCAUAGGAUGUAGACCCAGUUCUGAAAUCUGGAGUAAAUAUAAGAUGAAAUAUAACCUGUACUUCCAUGAAACUGACCUA